UCUUUUUCUCUCUCUCUCUCACUCUUUGUCAGUGAAGGAGUUGGCAAAAAAGGGGCAGGAUUCACAUGCCACAGGUUUACUGACAGUCAACACAGCGAGACCGAGCCACUUGUGUGAGACUGUAGCACUGAGUGAGUGUGUGUGUGUGUGUGUGUAAGUGCGUGUGUGUGUUGUUUGUGUAUAGGCAGAUUGUGUGUAGCUGGCGUGUCAAAGAAAGAAAUACAAUUUGGAACUUUUGUAGGCUAGUCACACUGCAGUUUGCAUGUGUUUGUUGGUGAGAGACGGAGCAUAUGGGUUUUGUGAGAGUAAGCUGUGUGUGAGGGGUGUGUGUGUGUGUGUGUGUGUGUGUGUGUGUGUGUGUGCAUGCAGCAGGUGGGUGAGUGUGGGUGUUUGUGAGUGUGGUUGUGAGAGCGCGGCUGUUUGUGUUGUGUGUGCGUGUGUGUGUGUUUUUAUACAUGUGUGUUUAAGAGAGUAAAAUGUCGAAACGCGCGGGGAGUUCACCCUCCUAUGGCUCUGGGUGCGAGGUGGUCCAGAAUGGGAAUGGGACGAGCAGCAGUACUAAGGUGCCCCCCGAGGGCAAGGUGGAGCCCCCCAAGGACAAGGUGGAACUCAAGAAGAAGGUGACGUUGCUCCGGGGGAUCUCCAUCAUCAUCGGCACCAUCAUCGGAGCGGGAAUUUUCAUCUCGCCCAAGGGGAUCCUCAAGCACUCGGGAAGCGUGGGAAUGUCGCUGGUGGUGUGGAUCGCCUGUGGAGUGCUGUCUUUGUUUGGUGCGCUAUCGUAUGCAGAGUUGGGCACCUGCAUCCAGAAGUCUGGUGGCCACUACAUCUACAUUCUGGAGACGUUCGGGCCGUUCAUGGCUUUUGUGCGUCUUUGGGCUGACCUGAUCGCAAUAAGGCCUGCAGGUUUGGCAGUGAUUUCUUUGGCAUUUGGACGCUACAUACUAGAGCCUAUCUUCACACCCUGUGGAGUUCCAGAGAUUGCAAUCAAACUGGCCACUUCCAUCGGCAUAACAUCCGUGAUGUACCUUAACUCCAUGAGCGUGACCUGGACGGCGAGGAUACAGAUCUUCCUCACGGGCUGCAAGCUGCUGGCCAUGGCCAUCAUCAUCCUCCCUGGCUUUUAUCAGCUCUGCAAAGGAGAAACCCAGAACUUUCAGAAUGCCUUCCAGCUGGAGAGUGUUCAUCUGACUGGUCUGCCUCUGGCCUUCUACUCUGGGAUGUACGCCUAUGCCGGCUGGUUUUACUUGAAUUUCGUCACGGAGGAGGUGGAGAACCCAGAGAGGACAGUGCCUCUGGCUAUCUGCAUCUCCAUGGCGAUAGUGACGUGCUGUUACGUGUUGACCAACGUGGCGUACUUCGCUGUCAUGAGUGCAGAGGAGCUGCUGGCAUCGGAUGCAGUUGCUGUGACCUUUGCUGAGCGGCUGAUGGGGAACUUCUCGGUAGUGGUGCCCAUAUUUGUGGCCCUCUCCUGCUUCGGCUCCAUGAAUGGAUGCCUGUUUGCCUUCUCCAGAAUGUUCUAUGUGGCUUCUCGUGAGGGGCAUCUACCUGAGGUGCUGUCUAUGAUCCACAUACGAAGACAUACGCCCCUGCCUGCAGUCAUCAUUCUGUAUCCUGUGACGCUGCUGAUCCUGUGGUCAGGUGACCUAUACAGCCUGUUGAACUUCAUGAGCUUCCUGCGCUGGCUGUUCAUCGGGGUGGCCGUGCUGGGCCUCAUCUACCUGCGCUACACGCGGCCAGACAUGCCACGGCCCUUCAAGGUACCGCUCUUCAUCCCAGCAGUCUUCUGCUUCACUUGCUUCCUGAUGGUCUUCCUGUCACUGUACUCGGACCCCGUCAACACCGGCAUUGGCUUUGCCAUCUCUCUCACGGGCAUUCCCGCCUACUACAUUUUCAUUGUCUUCAAUAACAAACCAAAAUGGCUGCUCAGGCUUUCAGACUCACUGAAUCGAUCAAUACAGAUCAUCCUUGAAGUUGUACCGGCAGAUCACUAACAUUUAUUACUUUUACUGUAUCUAAUGUGUGUGUGUGACAGAGAGAGAGAGAGAGAGAGAGAGAGAGAGAGAGAGAGAGAGAGAGAGAGAGAGAGAGAGAGACUGAUUGUGUGACAGUGAAUUAGAUGAGAUUGCGUGUGUGUGUGUGUGUGUGUGUGUGUCUGUG